AUGGAGCAACUCCGCAAGAUUGGGCAAGCUCUUGGGAGCCUCAAGUGUUUAAUGGUGUUCCAAGAUGAGAUCCACAUCAACAAGCGUCAGUGUUCUCUUCUCUUUGAUACCUUUAACCUCGCCUUCGAAGUAAUCACAGAGGAAAUUAAGAUGAAUCUGAGCUUCGACGAGAGACUCACCAAAUGGAAAGCCCUGGAGAAUCCCUUGAGGGAAUUCCACAGAAUCCUUAGAGAAGGGGAGCAGUACAUCCGGCAGUCCAUGGAGAGCGACGACUGGUGGGGGAAAGCCAUCUCCCUCGGCAGGAACACAUACUGCGUCGAGUUCCACCUCCAUGAUCUGUUAUGGUGCGUUUCCGUCGUGCUGGAGGCGAUUGAGAUCGCCGGCGACAUCGCAGGAUGUAGCCAGGAUAGAAAUCGUCGGAACAAGAUAAUCCACUCCAAGAAAUACGAGAACGAAUGGAUGGAUCCGAAGAUAUUCCAGCAGAGAUUCGGCAGGGAGUACCUGAUUUCUCCAAGCAUUUGCAGUAGAAUGGACUUCGCCUGGAAGGAGGACCAGUGGAUGCUCCUGGAAAAGGUUUCAGAGAAGAGAAGGUCCUCAAAACAAGAACAUCGGCUGGCGGAGAUUCUUGAAGGAUCGAUGGGGAGAAUCUUCCCGAGUUCAGUCCUGGUGGCCUGCAAAGAUUAUCAGGUGAGAAGAAGGAUAGGAAGCGAAAACCAUUACAGAGAAGUCCAAUGGAUGGGCGAGAAUUUCGCUGUCCGCCAUUUCUUCGGGGAGAUCGAGCCACUGGUUUCCGAAAUAUCACUCCUCUCUUCACUCUCCCACCCGAACGUGAUGCCAUUAUUGUGCGCCUUCUUCGACGAGGACAGGAAGGAGUGCCUCCUCCUCACAGAGCUCAUGCAGAAGAGCCUCUGCAGCUACAUGAAGGAUAUCUCCAGCCCGAGAAGAAGAGUUGCCUUUUGCCUCCCCGUUGCCGUCGACAUCAUGCUUCAGAUUGCAAGAGGAAUGGAGUACCUCCACUCACGCAGGGUCUACCACGGGAACCUAAAUCCUUCCACCAUCCUCGUCAAAACAAGGAAUUCUUCUUCUUCUUCUUCAUCAUCUGAAGGCCACCUACUCGUAAAAAUUGGAGAGAUUGGACUCGCAUCAUCGAAAAAUCUCAAGAACUCCGCAAAUCAGGCCUGUUCAGAUCCGUGCAUAUGGUUCGCUCCAGAAGUUCUUCUGGAGCAAGGGCACGAGGGAGAUGCUUGCCAGUCCAAGCUCACGGAGAAGGCAGACGUCUAUAGCUUCGGUAUGAUUUGCUUCGAACUGUUAACAGGGAAGGUGCCCUUCGAAGACGGGCAUCUCCAAGGAGAUAAAAUGAGCAGGAACAUCCGAGCUGGUGAGAGGCCAUUGUUUCCAUUCUCUUCUCCGAAGUACCUCACCAGCCUGACCAAGAGAUGCUGGCAGACCGACCCAUCACAACGCCCAAGCUUCUCGUCGAUUUGCAGGGUGCUCCAUUACAUCAAACGCUUUCUCCUCCUGAACCCAGAUCACAGCCAGCCUGAUGCACCUUCUCCACCCGUAGAUUUCUUCGAUCUCGAAACAAGCUUCUCCAGGAUAUUCCCCACAUGGGCAGUAGCAGAACCCACAUCCGUUUCACAGGUUCCCUUCCAAAUGUUUGCUUACAGGGUGAUGGAGAGGGAGAAGAGCUCGGAAUCUGGAAGCGAAGGAGCAUCCCUCUGCGGGGACGAGAACUCCUUUAGCUCUGGUUUCUCCGAGGAUCAGUUCUCCCCGCCUUUGGCUCCCUCGAAGUCCUCGGCGCUGUUGAAUCCCGAGGCCACCAGGAAGAAGGUGCCACCGCAGAAGAAGACGGUCAACGGGAAACCAACCAAGGAGUCAGGUCAAAUUCUCAUCUUCCCUCGUGAAUGAUUCGCUGUUCUGAGAAUCGCAGCAGGAUGACUGGCGAGUUUCCAAAACCCGCAGGCCAGCAGAAGAAGAUCGGCCGAGCAGCGAGGCCACCUCCUCGACUGACGCCGUGCGGCCGCAGUCUGAGGACCAACUCUGAGAGCCAGCUGCCGCCCCUCCUGACGAGCCCAGUAAGGCGAAGGCCAUCUGGGCACGCUUCCGAUUCAGAGGUUGCUUAG